GUGUCCUAUUACUUUCCAAAAGGUGUUGGAGCUCAACACUAUGGAGAAAGACAUCCAAUGAAACCCCACAGACUUACUUUGACGAAUGCGCUCGUCAUGGGAUACGGACUUGAUAAGCAGAUUCACCACAUAUACGAUCCUCGGCCAGCGACGCAAGAAGAACUUGAGAAUUACCAUGACCACGAUUACAUUGAAUUCCUAUCAAAGGUAACACCUCAAAACCAAGGGCAAAUGAGGCAGAUGAUCGACAAUUUCAACUGUGUUGAGGAUUGUCCUAUCUUUGCCGACAUCUAUGAUUUCUGCCGCAUGUAUGCUGGAGGCUCUCUUGCGGGUGCUCGAAAAUUGUGUGCGGGUACUACUGACAUUGCUAUUAACUGGUCUGGCGGCUUGCACCAUGCAAAACGAGGCGAAGCUAGUGGCUUUUGCUACGUCAACGACAUUGUGCUGGGUAUUCUCGAACUCCUCAGGUAUCACCCCCGCGUUCUCUAUAUUGAUAUUGACAUUCAUCACGGAGAUGGUGUCGAACUCGCUUUCUAUCAGUCCAAUCGCGUGAUGACAGUCUCCUUCCAUAAAUAUACUGGCGACUUCUUCCCGGGAACUGGGAAACUUGAUGACAAUGGGAACGGGCUGGGCAAGCAUUUCUGUCUCAAUGUUCCUCUCCUAGAUGGCAUCGACGACGACAUGUAUUUGACGAUAUUUAAAACCGUCAUUGACGAUACUGUCACAGCAUUCCGGCCAUCAGCUAUCGUUCUACAAUGCGGGGCUGAUUCUCUAGGUUGUGAUCGUCUUGGCGCAUUCAAUCUCUCUAUUGCUGCGCAUGGGGAAUGUGUCAACUUCGUUCGAAAAUACAACGUCCCCCUACUCGUUGUAGGCGGAGGUGGCUACACAAUAAAAAAUGUUAGCCGAUGUUGGACGUACGAAACAUCUGUUCUAGUCGGGGCAGAGAUACCAGACGAACUACCAGCCACAGUCUACGAUUCAUUCUUUGAGGAUUCACACUGGAAAUUGCAUCCGCCUCUGACUGGAAAAGUCGAUAACCAGAACUCUCCCGCCUCCCUUCAACGUAUCACAAUAAGUAUACGUAAUAAAUUACGAUACCUCCAGGGUGCGCCUAGUGUGGCGAUGCAGGAGAUUCCUCCUGACUUGCAAGGUCUGUUGGCGAGCGAGGACCGGACGGCGGAGGAGAAGGACGAAGAGAGGGGGACAGGGCAAGCUGGCGAGCGAAGACAUGAUCCCAGCAAUGGGAGGAACGAAUACUUUGAUGGUAAUAACGAUGUCGAUCAGGACGAUACGUCGGCUCGGGGGAGAGGCGGAACUCCACGACGAGGAAGGGGUAGGGGGAGAGGGCGUGGUCGUGGUCGUGGACGAGCGGUUGCAACUCCUGGAACCACUACAACCCAUGGAGCGGAAGAAGACGAUACAACUGCCGAAGAAAGUGUUGUUCCGCCUAGGAGAGGGCGAGGAAGAGGUAGGGGCCGGGGAAAACGAGGAAGACCUCCGAUUAACAGGGACAAAGACAAAGACAAAGAUAAGGACAAUAACCCAACACCAGAAACACCAUCCACGCCCAUGGACGUUGAUAUUGAUGGCCAAUAG